UGGAGACCGGCGGGCGGGGCGGGCGCAGCGCUGUGUCGCGAUAGUCGGCGACAGGCGGCGGUGGGGAUGGCGGGGGUGAUGUUCUGCGAGCCCCGACAGCUCUACAACAUCAUCAACCAGCACCGGUGGAGAUCGCGGCUGGCGGAGCCCAACUACCUGUGCCUGCUGGAUGCCCGUUCUCAGUGUGAAUUCGACGAGAGCCACAUUAUUACAGCCCAAAGGAUUAAACUGAGUCCUGCAGGGGAGUACGUGAUCCCGAAUCCCGAGGUGCUGAGCUAUGUCAGAUUCUGUGUGGUGUAUGACCAUGACACCGGCUUUUUGGAGUCUACUGACUAUCAGGAGGAGGAGGAGGAGGAGGAGGAGGAGGAAGAAACAGGGAGCAGCACUGCUUCAGAGACCGAAAUCAGCAGCUCAGAUCCUUUGUGUUCCCAGAAUGGUGGGGAAGGAGAUGCCCUCCUCCAUGCCAGAAACUUGGAGCAGUUCACCCGCCACCCCGUGCUCCUGCUGAAGGGAGGGUACAGGCGUUUUUCAGCUUGUUACCAUUUCCUGAAGAGCCACAAGACACUGUGGAUGCCUCAGGAACUAGACACCUUCCAGCCAUACCCUGUAGAAAUACUGCCUGCAAAGCUAUAUAUGGGCAAUUUCAAGCAGGCCAGUGACAAAAAAAUUCAGAAAGAUCUGAAGAUCAAAGCUCUGGUCAACGUCUCUGAACAGCCUGUAACACUGUUUGCAGAAGAAGGUAAAUCCCUCCAUAUAUCUGUUCCCGAUUCACUUGAAGCAGAUCUUUUUUCUUCCUUCCCCACCAUUUCUCAUUUCAUAGAUGCUCAGCUGGCUGUGGGAGCAGUGCUGGUGUUCUCCAGCCUGGGGAUCAGCAGGAGCAGCACAGCCACCAUGGCCUAUCUGAUGCACUCCUGCCGCUUUUCCCUGCAGAGAGCUUGGAAAUACCUUCUGAAAUGCAAAAUGAACAUGAGACCACACCGGGGCUUUGUGGAGCAGCUCUCAGCCUGGGAGACCCAAAUCUAUGGGUUCCCAGUCACAGAUGUGUCUGAACCAAAUUACUGACAGAGAACAUCCCGCGGGGAAAGCCACUUCCCUCCCCUUUCUGGGGACAAAGUUACUUGAACGCUGUGUGAAAAAAGACCCAAAUGUAAUGGAAAAGCUUUUUUCUAGCUCCAUGUCAUUUUGGGUCAAGAUCUGGAGCUUCCCGGGGAACUCACCUGUGCUGGAGGAGGUGGAAGUUUGGGGAAUGCAAGUCCUGCAGGAUGUGGCCCAUUAGCCACAGCUCGACUCUUUUGUAAGCAAAGGGGAUUGUAACCACAGCUGUGGGGCAGUCAGUAGGGUUAUCUCUGUAAAGGUUUGUUAUCCAUGGUCUGGAAUAGUAAAUUUAGAGUCUGACAGUACCCACUUGCAGCCCGGAGAGGUGACAGCAGAAUUUCCCUGUUUAGAAGCCCCUGUGCCCUGGGAGCGCCUUCUCAGCCAGCACGGUUCACUGGCUGCGUUGGUGACAAAUCCACCCUGCCCAUUUGAAUCCUACAGCCACACCUCUGGGCAGAGGUGGUGCUGUCACACGAAACCUAAACCAGUACCCUCCUCUCUCUUACAGAAUUCUGUUCUUUGACAUCACAAAAUAAAACACGACAGAAAUCCC